UAUUAUCCUUCAAAAUUGAUUCCGGGCAAAAAAGAAAGGCGGAGAAUGGAGGAGGGCACAAUGUGGCGGGGACCGGAAACAACAGCUGGCAGAUGGAGGGGCCACCGCCCCUGAAGCAGCCGUUCGCGGGCAUGCCCUUCCUGGAGGGGCAAGGCGGAGGCGGCGGCUGGGGCAACGCGGCCUUCUUCAACCAGGCGCAGGCGCAGUUCUGGGCGCAGAACGGCCCCAACCUCAACCAGCCGCCGCCUCCACCGCCGCCGCUGCCGCACGUGACGCAUGUGCCGCCCCCUCGCGGUGGAGGUGGAGGCGUUGGCGGAAGUGGAAUGCGUCCUCCGCCCUUCCAGCGCACUCCGCCGCAGCGCGGAGGCUACCGGCCCAACUUGAGUCGCGGCGGACUACACAACUUCCAAAGCCACAACUAUCAGCAGGGCCUCAACUUUCAACAAGGAAUGCUGCCGUACAGACACCCAUACCAGAAGCCGUACGGGCGGGGCGGACCUGGGCGGGGCCUGCCCAUGGCGCCGCCUUUCUUCGAGGAACCGCCCCCGCCUCCUCCCACCUUCCUGCCGAUGCAGCUGCCGCCCCCCAGCCAGCAGCAGCUGCAGCUGGGAGGCAGCAAAGGGGGCGGCAGUCAGCUGAACCAGAACAAAGCCGCCUCCAACGCAAACGCCGCCAACGAGGCCAAGCUGUGCGUCGGAGGCGAUCCCACCAAACCAGCCAACCCGGACGAUCCCUGCACUGUCACUGAGAGAUUCGACCAGGGUGGUAAAAAGAAAAAGAAGAAGGGGUCGAAGGGCGGGGGCGGAAACCAGCAGAACGGGCAGGUGGCGCGCAACUGGAACCGCGAGGACGCCGAGAAGGCGUUGGCCGUCGAACUGGAGUACCAGAAGACGCAGGCAGACAAGUCGCUCAUCCUCCGCUUCCCCGAUCCCGACCUAUCGCGCGACAUCGUGCUCAAGUACAAUGUCGCCAUCGAAUCGGUCUACUUUCAAUCGCCCAGUAGUCCUAGGUUCUGUUUCAUUCAACUGAAGGAUGACAGUAAUGUGGAUGAAGUCAUAAGCGAACUAAACAAAAUAAAAUUCGGCAACGGUCAUGUGGUUGCUGAGCGAAAGGUCAUCAAGAAUGAAGAAAUAGUCACACCGGAAGCUAUCGACCCAUACACGUUAUAUGUCGGAAAUCUACCAUCAACACUGACCAGUAAGGUUUUCAAAGAUCUCUUCCCGAACGCUCACAGAAUCGAUAUCGGCUAUGCCAGGAAACUGAAAUUCACCCGGUAUGCCUUCAUAAAGUACACAAACGUUGACCAAGCAAUUGAAGCUUAUAAAAAAGCCCUCGACAUGACGAUAACAUCGAGGUCCAUUAUUCUCAGGUUUAGAAGGCACAAAGGAACUGUUGGUCCACCGGGUGAGAAGCCCAAAGUAUCGACUAAGACGAAAGAAAAGGCUGCUGAUGUAAAGACUGAAAAUAAAAUUAAAACUGAAGAAGAAGAAGAGGAGGGCACUGAGGAACCGGUAAUUGAAGAAGAGGAUGUGGAAGAAUCCGAUGAAGAAGUAGAAGAAGAAGAUGAUGAUGACGACGAUGACGAUGACGAUGAUGAUGACGAGGAAGAAGAAGAGGAAGAAGAAGGAGACGACGACGAUGAUGAUGAUGACGAUGAGGAUAAGGAGCCCACUGUUGAAGAUUUGAAAAACGAAGAAAAUGUGGCUUACUUAUUCGAUACGCUUGGUCAGUUCGUUGGAAAGAAGCACGAUAAGAAUGGGAAUGGAUGAGGAGCCGAUUGAAAUCAUUAAAAGACAUUGUGAACCAACCAACACUGCAAUAGUGUUGAACCUCUGUGUAUGAAUAAUUUAUUGUGAUAUUCAGUAAUUGUGUGAUUUAUAUACAGUAUAUUGUUUUUACUUAAAAUGGUUUCUUCUGCAGUUUUUCAUAGUGAAAUGCACCUGAUUACCUAUGUAAUAUAUUAUAUUGUCUGAGUUAUUUUCAGAAUUAAUGUUUCAUCUUAUUGUGUAGUAGAUUAAUCAGUCAGACAUCAGAAAAUUGAAAUUGAAUCUUCAACGGGUACUCCGAUAAUUCCAAUCUCCGUUUUCCUGUUUAUUGACAUAAAAUAAGUGUAAUAUUGUAUUUGUAUUGAUAAUUUCUGAUUUGAAUACUAGAGAUGAUCUGAAAAGACAACUCUAAGGGUACAACCACACUGAAAUCGUAGCGGAGCGGAGCUUGGCUUGGCGUCAAGGAGCGUCGUGAACAAUAUCAUGUUUAUUUAUUUAUUCACAAUAUCACAUCGGAAACAACAGGUAAUGGCCCAAAUAUGUUUCUUUAACACAACAAUGUUGAGUAAUGAGCUAAAACACACUGCAAGCGUCUACUCGCAGAGCGUGUCGUCAAACUUUGGAACAAGCUGGUUAGUUCUUUGAUGGCUUGAAUCCAUUAAUUUAUUAGAAAUAUUCCACUCAAUUACCAUUUUCCACCCAUUUACCAUUUGGAACCAUUGAAGAAACACAAAAUUUUAAACCUUGUAAUUAAUUUUCAAUUACAAGUCUUUCUUUAGCAGAUAUUGGAUUUCUCCAAUUAGUGACUUGUUUUUCAAAAUCAGGCUUCACUCUUGUUAAAAUGGAAUCAAAGGUUGAAGUUGACAUUCGCAUGUAGGUACUCGAAAAAUCGGGACUCUUGCUUUCUUAAAACAUUAAAUAGAUGGUGAUAUUGACCUAAUAAUCUACGAUUCAAGUUAAUUUCAUUAACCCACUCUGUCCUAGCAGGCUUAGCUAAAAUCCAAUACUUCAAGUAAUUGUUUUCACAAAGUAAUGUCCGUGCAAACUUGGACAACGCCAUUUUCCAGAUGCUUGACGCUCAGACGCUUCCUGUGUGUAUCAUGAACGCUCUGGCCACGCCACGCCACGCUCCGCUCCGCUUCGCUUUCAGUGUGGUUAUACCCUAAGUACAGCUCAAAUUUGAUUAUUGUGAAGUGGUAUUGAUUAUCAGUGAUAUUAUUGUUUUGAAAUUAUUUAUAUUGAUAAAUUAUAAUUAUUGAUCAGUGGUUGCAGUAACACUAUUGUAUAAAACCGACAAAAAACCGGAUGGUUUUAAAGUUGAACGUCUAGUGUGAUUUAUAAACGGCAUUUGAAUGUUCAUAUAACUUGAAUAGAAUUCAGGGUUCACAAUCCUCCAUGAUGGUGAGCAGAUUAUUGUAAAACUAGAAAAAUUCUGAUUGUAAUUUGGUUAAAGCCGAAUUUAGUGUCGAUUAGUGUUGACAAAAAUUGUCAUUUAUAUUUUUAUGAGAUCCUUCAUUUCCUCUUCUAAUAAAUUUAAUGAUAUUAAAAAUUUGCUUCAUAAUUAUGUGCUAUAAACUGUGUGUUAGAACAGAAAUCUAUUUGAAAGUAGGCCUACUAUUUAAUAUAGUGGAGUUACCACCAGUGUAUGUCAAUUUUCUUGCCGUUAUCACCCCGGAAAUAACAAUUUUAUAUAUUUUUUUGCAUCAGCGCAAUUAAGGUUUCUCUUGGUUUUUACAGAUAAUUGGAAUUGGUUCAUUGCUUACAUUUCUCUCCUGAAAUCUAUCUUGAAAUUUAUCUGCUUUUUAUUCACAUUUUGAAGUAAGUGAUAUUGAAGCAAGUAGGGAUUGUUCUUCAAUACCAUUUUUAAUGCAUUUUUAUUUUAAUACCAUUUUUUAAUGCAUUUUUAUUUUUAAUGCAUGAGUGGUAGAAAGCGAAUGUCUGGGAUCAACAGCUGAAGUUGUCUAUUCCUAAGAUACCAAUAUUGACAUAAUAUAAAUACAGUAUAUUAUAUUUUAAUAUUCUAUUAUAUAAUAAUAGAAUAAACUAAUAUUGUAAGAGAGGUGAAUUUUUAACCGGAAAUCUCAGUAUUAGUGUAAGUUAGAUUAGAACUGAUUAUGCUUGUUUAUAGAGUAGGUGAUCGGAGAGGCAUGUUUUAAUGCUGCAUAAUGUAUAGAGAAAAUGAAGGAUGUGGGAAAUCUCGAUAAAAUUAUCUCCCAGUUGAAUCUUUAUAGAAUAUCUAAGAACUUUUUGUUCAUUAAACUCACCAAAUGUCAUUCGCUUCGGAAUAAAUUAUUUCUAUUAAUCAAUCAUUCAGCCCGCGAACAUAAUAUUCUUGUUAUUUUAUAAAAAAUGAAUUAGACGAGCACUGGGCGGAUACUAAUUUCAAUAUUAGUAGGCCGCUAAACAGUAUUAGACAAUACUGUAAAUUUAUUUAUAAUUUGUUUUUAGUCAUGUAAAAUAGUACAGUAUAUUUUUUAAUUGUCACAAAGUUGUUUUACCAAUAAAACGUAUUUUAAUCUCUCA